UUCUUCGUCAUUAUAAAAAAAAACAAAAAAAAAAAAAAAACAAAAAGAAAAAAACAAAAACAAAAAAGGGGAGCUGGUAGCGUAAGUUAGGUGAAUUCAGGCUUCCGAUCUCAGGUCUCCCAAAUCUCUGUCUUUCCCUUCUCUGCUUCGAGGAAGGCGAUGCAGGGAGAGAUGCGAGAGACCCAAAUUCGCACUCAUAUGAUUUAAUAUCUCUUCUCCUCAACCUCAAUCUUCAUUUUCCUUUGUUUUUUUUAUUUUUUUUGUGUAUACUUUCUUUUCGAUUCCUUAAUAUCGAAGGUUCUCUUUCUUCUGCUGCCUUGCGUACUUGAGGCCUCUGGUUGAUGACCUGGCUCGCAUCAAUUCCAUUUCCAGGUUUGGCUUAAAUUUGAUUAUGUCGGCAAAAACUUUGAGGAGGAGACUUCAUCACGGGGAUGUUGAUGGAAGAAGGGAAGAAAAUUUUGACACAUCGGGUUAUGAUAGCUUGAACGAACCCUUACUUGGGUCUCACGAACAUGAUGAUAUGCCAGCAGGAGGACGCACUCUAGAUGAUAUUUGGAAUUCAGAAGGGAGGAGAGAACACCUCCACUGGACAUUUAUAUUAUCACAGCUGAUUGCAGAGUGGGCACAAUGGUUGGCGAAUAUUGUCCUAGGUUCUGGAUCUCUUAUUGGACGGUUUUUGCCCUUUGCUGCUCAAAGUGGAUCAAACAGGAAUCUUCUUCAUCCUUAUCUUAGUCCUUUACAGAUUUCUUAUGCACAAAUGGUGUGUUUUAAGGAAGAACGACUCGGAAACUUGCGGCGAAGGCUGGGAGUACCCUUUGAUGGUUCUCAAGUGGAGCACCAGGAUGCACUUAAACUAUUGUGGAGAUUGGCUUAUCCUGGUAGGGAGCUUCCUGAACUUAAAUCCGAGCUUUGGAAGGAGAUGGGUUGGCAAGGUUCUGACCCCUCAACUGAUUUUCGGGGCGGUGGAUUUAUAUCAUUGGAGAAUCUAAUCUUUUUUGCGAAGAAGUUUCCGGACUCAUUCCAGAGAUUGUUACAUAAGAAAGAUGGAAAUAGAGCAGAGUGGGAGUAUCCGUUUGCUAUAGCUGGCAUAAACAUUUCCUUCAUGUUGAUACAAAUGUUGGGUCUUCAAACUGGGAAGCUAUCCACUCCAGCAGGAAUCAAAUUUGUAGAAUUACUUGCAGGAGAUGAAAUGGCAUUUGACAACCUCUAUUGUGUAGCCUUUCAAAUGAUGGAUGCUCAAUGGCUUGCAAAGCGUGCGUCUUACAUGGAAUUUAAUGAGGUUUUGAAGUCUACAAGGACCCAGUUAGAACGUGAGCUUGCCCUUGAAGAUGUCCGUAGUGUGAAAGAUUUACCAGCAUACAAUAUGUUAACAGGAUAAGUUUUAUAGAAUGUAAAAAAUUGUAUGUUGUUUUUUUAAAAAAAGAAGUGAGAUUUUUCUUCCAUUGGAAUCAAAUGGAUGUAGGGUCAGUUCUGUAAUAGUAAGUUCUCAGUUCAAUAGUUAGAAUACUUGGCAACAGUCUAACCAUCCAAUCUUAACUUGUGUGGCAAUGCUCAAAUGACAUGAUUUUUCAAUAAAGGCUUUGUUUUGGUUUGUUGUAAAAA